GAAGUAGGAAUGCCAUUGCAAACACUAUAAAUACAUCCAAUGCAAAUGCAAAUGUCCACCAUCAACUUUCCCCAUUACUCUAAAUCACCACCAACUUUCUACAAUUUAGAGAAAAAAUGGUUAUCAAGAAUGAAGUAAUGUUGCCUGGGGGUGCCUACAAGAAAAUGAGCUACACAGAACAAGAUCAGGAAGUGUCCUACUGCAACAACACCUUCUCUCACAGCAACGGCUCCUCAAGCAUGCAAAUGGUGAGGCCGGGUAACCACAGCCACCACCACGACGGCCACCACCUUUUCAGUGGAAACCACCACCACGACGGCCACCACCUUUUCAGUGGAAACCACCACGAAAGCCACCACCAUGUCCCCGAAAAACACCACGGCGGCCACCACCUUUUCGGUGGAAACCACCACGAACGCCACGGGCUUCACCACCACGGUAAUGGCGGCCAUGUGAAUGAGGUUGUGGAAGAGAAAGUAAAGAUCUCUAGUCAUGAGCAGAGGGUGUUGAGUGGAGGAGGGCAUAGGGAGGGAUAUGGAAGUGAGACUCACUUUGCUUCUCACGCUGCUAGGGAACCCUACUAUUAUAGGAAUACUGAAACCUUGAAGUAUUCGGGCACUCCAAACGGGCGCACCCAUCACUUUGAGUUUAAGGGUUUGGAUGAUUGAAGACUCAAACUUCACUCAAUCACGUACGACUGACCAUUUCUGCAUGCGCAUGGUGUAAAAUAAAUUUGUUCUAAAAUAAAUUAAGAAUGCAUGGUGCUAAACUACGUACAAUAAAAAGAUCCAAUAAGCUAAGAGUUUCAUGUAUUUCCUUGCCCUCUAGCUUGAAUAAUUGUGAAAUAUAUUUGAUUGCAAAAAAUAAAAGGAUUAUAUUUGAUUACGUAAGAAAUGUUUAUUCUAUAUAUACUUCAUAUUCCGUGACGUCCGUGUGAGUUAAGCUAUUUAUCUUUUAGAAAUUAGUUCAAAUAGGACUAAAACUAUGGCAAAAAUCUAAAAUAGGACUUGCUAUGUUUUUAUUCCAAAAUAGGAUCAUAUGAGUCCUAUUGGAAACAUACUUAUUUUUGCAUUCCAUUCUUACCCUUCCGUUAAAUAUGAAUUCAAAAUA